GAAUUCUCGUGCAUCCCCACCAUUGUCCCGUUGUUCAUAUUGCGGAUCCUUAUAUUGCAGCCCUCGCCUCAACUGGACAACAAAACGCUCCAAGGCUUUACAGCCCAUCUCAUUGCAACCUAGUGUUCUCUCCACAGGUCAGUCCAAUACUGCCAGCCAAACUGCAAAACAGAGCUGCAAUUCAUUUCUGGGUCAAUCAAGCUUUUAUUUCAACGGAGAUGAUGGCACUCAAAGCUAAACCCAUCUCAUCCCCAUCACCAUUUUUCAGGUACUCGCCGCAAAACCCAAUUUUCUUUCUCCCUCGAUUACUCUCUUCCCAAACCCCAAUCGACAGUGACGUCGACACUGUCUACCGCAUAGUCAGUAGCUCCACCCAUUCCAAAAACUUGAAGCAAAACUUGAAAUCGAGUGCUGUUUUCCUCUCGAAUGAUUUGAUAGAUGAGGUUCUGAAGCGGGCUAGGUUCAGCCAUGGAAACCCUUCACAGGCUCUCGAGUUUUUCAAUUACACUGGGAAUAGGAGAGGGUUUUAUCACACCACAUUUGCGCUGGACACAAUGCUUUAUAUGUUGGGAAGAAGUCGAAUGUUCGAAAAGAUGUGGGGGGUUUUGGUUGAGAUCAAGAAUAAGGAUAGGAAUUUGAUAACUCCUCGUACUGUGAUGGUUGUUUUAGCUAGGAUUGCUAAGGUUUGUUCUGUUAGGGAGACUGUGGAGUGUUUUAGAAAGUUCAAGAAGCUUGUGCCCGAAUUCGACACAGCUUGUUUCAAUGCGUUGUUGAGGACUCUUUGUCAAGAGAAGAGUAUGACAGAUGCUAGGAAUGUGUAUCAUAAGCUGAAGCAGAGCUUUAGGCCGAAUUUGCAGACCUUUAAUAUAUUGUUAUCGGGUUGGAAGUCAUCGGAGGAAGCCGAGGGGUUUUUCGAGGAGAUGAGGGAGAUGGGUCUGAAACCUGAUAUUGUUUCGUAUAAUUGUUUGAUCGAUGUUUAUAGUAAGAAUAGAGAAAUGGAGAAAGCGUUUAAGGUGAUGGAAAAAAUGCGCGACGAGGAUAUAUCACCGGAUAAAAUCACGUAUACUUGUGUCAUUGGGGGAUUGGGGUUGGUUGGUCAGCCUGAUAAAGCCAAAGAUGUGUUGAAGGAAAUGAAGCAGCUUGGGUGCUACCCAGAUGUUGCAGCAUACAAUGCUGCCAUUAGGAAUUUUUGCAUUGCAAAGAGGCUUGGUGAUGCUAAUGGGUUGAUGGAGGAGAUGAUAAGUAAUGGUUUGAGUCCAAAUGCAACUACUUACAAUUUGUUCUUUAGGGUUUUCUUCUGGUCAAGUGACUUGCAGAACUCUUGGAGCUUGUAUGGGAGAAUGAUGCAUACUGGGUGUCUGCCUAAUACACAGUCGUGCAUGUUCCUGAUCAGGUUGUUUCGGAGGCUGGAAAAGGUGGAAAUGGCAUUGCAGCUGUGGAAUGAUAUGGUUGAGAGGGGUUUUGGGUCUUAUAUAUUGGUAUCUGAUGUGCUGUUUGAUUUGCUGUGCGAUAUGGGUAAACUAACAGAAGCAGAAACAUGCUUCUUGCAGAUGGUGGAGAAAGGGCAUAAGCCAAGUAAUGUUUCCUUUAGAAGGAUCAAGGUGCUUCUGGAACUGGCAAACAAGGAUGAGGCCCUCAAGAACUUGACAGAGAGAAUGGCACUUUUUGGCUCUUCAAUCCAUCUUCCUGAGAGUAUGGAUAGGUCAACAGAGGUACCACGCUCAGAACCACUUGCUUGAAAAAGUAUGCUGGUGAGUUGGGUCAAGUCAUGAAUUGGCAAUGCUGGAAAAUUGCUGAUUGAUAUAUCAAAAGAGGUGCUUUACACAAUUGGGUUACGGAAGCUUCCAUGUGAAGUGUUAACUCCUAAGAAUCUGGAUUCGGCACUCAGAUCUUUUUGUUGGCCUGGGCCUUUUCCUGUGACAUGGUUAUAUUGGUAGGCAAUGCACUUAUUCUAGCUAUUUUGCCCAGUGGGGUGGGCCUUCGAACUAGGUUCUCUGUUGUUGAUUUUUUAUGAAAAGGAGCAAGUUGUCAAUUUAUAGUCUGGUUGGGAAAGUUACAGAGUCUCAAAAAUGCUGAUGUCACUAUUUACUUGCCUUUAACACGGUGAAGUCGCUGGCUCACCCACUGAGACUGCUUGUCCACUAAUUUCCCAACUUCCCUCUAAUUCGGUUAGACAAGUAUCCAGUUAGAGUCAGAAUUACAGUAAGGAAAUUGUAUCUGUGAGGCAAAAUCACAACAGAGCCAUUUUCACAACCUUUGUCCCAUCAGAUGAUAGCAAGGACUUGGAAGUUUGUGCACUUGCAGUUAUUCCUGAGCAUGUGCAGCAGAGUGGAGGCCGCUUCAGCUCAAAGUGUUGCAUGAUUGGAAGACCAAUAAAAAUGGUUGCAAGGCACGUAUUGCUGCCGAGUACAGUCGUGUGAACCUUGAAUUGGUGAAGAAUUUUGAGAUGGGGAUGUCCAAUAAGACUGCCAAUUUUCUCAAAUUGACCC